AGCACAAGUGACGCACUAACACGCCCACCACCGUUUGAACUCGUCUUUCCUGCCAACCGGUGCAGAGAGCUGUCUCCUGCUAAUGGCAUCCAAGCGGGGUGCGCUGAUCGUGCUGGAAGGUGUGGACCGGGUGGGUAAGAGCACCCAAUGCAAGCGGUUACAUGAGGCCCUGCGGCAACAGGGGCGGCCCGUUGAGCUGAUGUGCUUCCCGCACAGAGGAACUGAAAUUGGGAAACUGAUUAGCUUGUACCUGGAGAAGAAACAGAACCUGAAUGAUAACGCUGUGCACUUACUCUUUGCGGCUAACAGAUGGGAACAGGUGCCAGUGAUCCAAGAGAGGUUACAGAAAGGGAUCACUGUCAUUGUGGAUAGAUAUGCAUUUUCUGGAGUUGCAUUCACAAGUGCAAAAUCAGGUUUCACCUUGGACUGGUGCAAACAAGCAGAUGUUGGGAUUCCAAAACCAGAUGUGAUCCUGUUCCUGCACCUUGAUCCCUCGGCUGCGAUGAAGCGAGGAGGUUUUGGUAUUGAACGCUAUGAAAACUGUUCAUUUCAGGAACAGGUGUAUCAGCGUUUUAGAGAACUGAUGAAAGAUGAGAGUCUAAACUGGAAGGUGUUAGAUGCUUCUCAAAGUAUUGAAGUCUUGCAUCAGGAGAUAAUGUCCAACGUGGAGAAAAUCAUCGAGAAAGCAGAAGAGGAGCCAAUUGCAGAGCUCUGGAAAUGAGGUUGUUUCUGCAGGGACUGCGAGCCAUUUGCAUCAUGGAGAGCUUGCUGUUAGAAGAUUGCCAACCUUUCACCUUCAAAGUUUUCAAUGCUAGUUUGUAGCCAUUUCUCUGUGCAUUCUUCUGCCUUGUUAUUGUGGAAGGAUUUGAUCCAAAGCUUGGCUAUUUUGCUUAAAACUAGUAAAUGCAACAAUCCUAUGCACCUUUUUAAAAAUGAAAAUCACCAUAAUACAAUCUAUUAGAAACUU